UUUAAUUUUUUUAUUUGUAUUAUACACAUAAAAGAGCCAGAUAAUUCAUUUAAUAUUGCCCUUAGCCUAAACCAAAACCAAAGGCAAGGUCAUGUAAGCCGAUCUCGUCCUAUCUUAUAUCCCUCCCCACAACCAGAGAUUGGUAAUGGAAUCAUCAUCACCAGAUUCUUCUCGUAACUCUAGAGAAAUUGGAUACAACUUUAAAAUAACAAGGAUGAGAAGUGCAGCAGCAGAAGGAGAAGGCAAUCGUAUCAUACAUAUUAUGGAAGGAAAUGAGGAACACUUAGCUUCCAUGCACCGGAAAAUCUCCGAGCCGCCGCGUUUGCUGACGAUCAGUGCCGGAAGGCCCUCAUGCUGCAUCUUCAGAGUCCCAGAGAGCCUGGUUGAGGUCAACGGCCAGGCCUAUCAACCUCGUAUUGUCUCGAUAGGGCCAUAUCACCAUGGGAAGCCUCGGCUUAGGAUGAUUGAGGAGCACAAGUGGCGCUAUUUGGGCUUCUUGCUCAAAAGGAUAAAAGAAAAAGGCUUAGUAUUGGAUGACCUUUUGAAGGUUUUACAGCCCCUGGAAGCGAAAGCAAGAGAUUGUUAUUCAGAAACUAUUCAACUUGGCAGCGAUGAAUUUUUGGAGAUAAUGGUUCUUGAUGGUUGCUUCAUUGUUGAAUUGUUUCGUAAGGUUGGAAACAUAGUCUCAAUUGAGCCUGACGAUCCUAUAAUCUCCAUGUUAUGGAUCUUACCCUUUUUUUACAGGGAUUUCCUUCGAUUGGAAAAUCAGAUUCCCUUCUUUAUUCUUCAAUGUCUAUUCGAUUUAACAAAGAUGCCUGACGAGAAAUCUGGCCGGUCCCUAUCCAUGCUUGCUUUGGGAUUCUUCAACAAUGCAAUGUUAAGGCCAGACGAAGUUAUUGCAAAGUUUCACGAUCUGAAAGGCCAGCAUUUGCUCGAUUUGGUCCGUGCAAGCUUCAUUCCUUCUGAACAAGAUCACGAACCGUCCAAGGUUUCUGCCCCGACACGGUUAAUCCAUCCAAUUUCCAAGCUCCGCCGCGCAGGAAUCAAGUUCCUCCCCGGGAAAUCCGAUAGCUUCUUGGUAAUGAAAUUCCGGCACGGCGUGAUCGAAAUGCCUCCAAUAACCAUGGACGAUUUCAUGAGCUCUUUUUUGCUCAACUGUGUGGCGUUCGAGCAAUGCCAUCAGAGCCGCAUCAAGCACUUCACGGAUUACGCUACGAUGCUGGACUGCCUGGUGAACAGCUACAAGGAUGUCGAAUACCUAUGCGAGCGCAACAUCGUGGAAAACUAUUUCGGAACGGAAGGCGAAGUCGCACGGUUCAUCAACAAUAUAGGUAAAGAUACUGCAUUUGAUAUUAACAACUGUUACUUAUCUAAGCUCUUUAGAGAUGUUCAUCAGCAUUACAGGAAUAGUUGGUAUGUUCAGUGGGCGAGCUUCAAACAUACUUACUUUGAAACACCAUGGUCGUUUAUAUCGGCAUUGGCUGCCUUGAUCCUCCUUUUACUUACCAUCGCACAGACCUUCUUCACAAUUUACGCUGUUUAUAAACCUGAAAAAUAAGAUGCUUUGCUCCACGUAGAAACUAGCUUUUUAUAGGGAAAUUACAUUAUAUGUAUUACGAAAACAUAUGAAAUUAUCUAGCAGCUUGUAUGAAUGAAUUUCUGAUUAUAGAAAUUAAUGUCAGCUUUCAAUGCAAGGUUUCUCUUGAUUUGGUUAAUACAA